AUGGCACUCGAUAAAUUUGUAAAUUGUACAAAUGACCUUUUGGACUUUGAGAUAGAUUAUUCAAAAAGCGCGGCCGAGAACAAUAUACACUCCCUAGAAGUGCUUCGGGUCGAACUGGAUUCUCUAUGGUCACAAGUAAAAAGGGCAUAUGAAGAGUGUAGGGAUACAAAAGAAGAUUCUACAGAAAAACCCAUAGAUAAAAAUAAGCUGCGCGAUCGAUACAAAAAAGGUCUUUCUGCAUACAAAAUAUGCUUAGGGGCAAUCAAUGCGGAAAUUCAAGUUCUAUCAAAUCCAAGCAAGGAAGAGCGGAUUUCUGCGGUUAACAAUCCAUCACUUGAAAAUGAUGACAUUUCUUUUGUGCGGUUACCACCUUGCGAUACGGACACUUUUUAUGGAGAUUUUGUGACAUGGCCUACUUUUCGCGACCUUUUCACCGCGUUAUACAUAAAAAAUUCUAGACUGAGUAAAAUUGAAAAACUUUUCCAUUUGAUACAAAAGACUGAAGGGGAUGCUAGAAAAAUAGUUUCAAAUGCCCCAUUGACCAACGAAGGUUUCGACAUAGCCUGGAAAAAUCGUGUAGCUCAAUACGAGAACAAACGGAUUCAAGUCAACGAACAAUUGAAAAUUCUAUUUGACCUUCCGAACGUUACCGAAGACUCAGGCUCAUCCAUUCAAAAUCUACAACGAACAGUUAAUGGUUGUAUUCAGGCGCUAAAUGCUUUAGGUGUAGAAACUGGCACAUGGGACCCUUUUCUGGUUUAUCUUUGCUCAACAAAGCUCCCUCGAACUCUUUUAAAAGAAUUUGAAAAUUCUCUUCAAGAAAUUACAAAAGUUCCAACAUGGGAACAAUUCAACACUUUCUUGACGCAUAAUACAAAAACUUUAGAAUCCAUAGCGGCCAUCACACAAUCAAAUACGAAGUCCAACCAGCACAGAAAAGAUAAUUCGAAACCAUUCACUAAGCCAAAAAGAGUUCACACUUUUCAAACAAAUACGACCCAAGAAAACGGGUCUAAGAAUAAAAAACAUUUUAAUUCAAAUAGGACACAGAAAAAUGACUCAAAUUACACAUGCCAACAGUGUAAAGAGUCUCACCACUUGUGGUCUUGUCCCAAGUUUCUAGAACAAAAUGUUAAUGACAGAAUUCACACUGUAAGAGUUACAAACUCAUGUUACAAUUGCCUCUCUGUUGACCACAGUGUCAGGGACUGUAAAAGUAAAUACAGUUGUAGAUUAUGUAAUCAAAGACACAACACUUUAUUACAUAAGGGAUCAGAAACUCAAUCCACAGUUCAAAAUUGUGAUGCGACACGUCCAAGUACAAGUUCAGCAGCACAAAACAACAACAUACAGUCCACACCCAAUUCAAACGUUUCCAUCCCAAAUCUCACAACCUUGACACUACAAGAGAGCAAACUAUUCAAUCAAUCUCCCAACGAGAGAGAAACUUUGUUAUUCACUGCAAUAGUACAGAUCGAAACUAGAGGCGAAAGGUAUCAGGCAAGAGCAAUCAUCGACCCUGGUUCACAAUCAACCUUUAUGUCGGAAAAGUUGAAAAAUCGACUAAAUUUACCCACCAAGCGUAAUUUAGUUCACGUCACAGGUUUGAGUCAAACAGUUUCAGAGACAUCAACAAAAGCCUGUUUAUUCAAUCUUUGCUCUAAGGUGGAUUCACAGUUUAAAUUAGAAGUGUGGGCACCAGUCCUGAAGACACUUCCAUCCAAUUUACCACCCCAGACUUUAGAUUUGCAUAAUUUCAAUGAGACUGCUAAAUUAGAACUUGCAGAUCCUCAUUUCAAUCAAAGCCGACCCAUCGACAUGCUUAUAGGCCUGGACCUAGGCCCCUCAAUAUAUUGCAUGGACACACCGAUGCGGUCUAUUGGAUCCCUUUUGGCACAAAAAACAGUAUUUGGCUGGAUUGUGGGGGGACCAAUACCAACAUCAACAAAACCUAGAACAACAGUAUCACUAGUCAACACUUCGUCCCUUGACCGAAUCCUCACACGCUUUUGGGAGGUGGAGGAAACCCCAAAACAGGUUUUGAGGUCAGAUGAGGACACAUUUUGCGAAAACAACUUCAUGUCGACGACACGAAGAAACAACUCAGGAAGGUAUAUAGUUACCCUACCCUUCAAAAAUAGCGAAGAAAUUGGAACUUCGAGAAACAUAGCGAUGGCCCAGUUCUUGAGAAUGGAGCGCAUGCUCAGCCAGAAACCAGAACUCAAAAAACAAUACGACCAAGUAAUUGUUGAAUACAUCGAGUUAGGACAUAUGAGGAAAGUUUCUCCCCUGGAAAUCAACACAAAUCCAAAUUAUUACCUGCCGCAUCACGCAGUAAUAAAGCCCGAAAGGCUGACAACGAAACUUAGAGUAGUUUUCAACGCCUCGAGCCCGUCUUCAAACAAGAAGAGUUUGAACGACAUUUUGUACCCAGGACCCAUACUUCAACAGGACUUAGUGCUCCUCAUAUUGAAGUGGAGAUUCUUCCGUUUUGUGUACAACGCAGAUAUCACAAAAAUGUAUCGACAGAUACUCAUUGACCCUACUCAAACAAAAUAUCAAAGGAUAUUAUUUAGAAAAUCGGAAAACGAUCCUAUUGAGGAUUUCGAACUCCUGACAGUGACGUUUGGAGUCAACUGCGCACCGUUUCUGGCCAUCAGAACCAUUCUUCAACUAGCUGAAGAUGUAAAAUCAACUCACCCUCUCGCAUCAAAAAUUCUACAACAAAACAUGUACGUGGAUGACGUUUUAGCAGGUGGACACACAUUAAACGAUGCCAUCAAAUCAAGAAAAGAACUUACAACAGUUUUAAAAUCAGCUGGAUUUGACCUGAUGAAAUGGACCUCAAAUGACCCACGAGUCAUACAAGAUUUACCGAAUGAGACUUUACUACCUCUCGAUUGGUUAAAUUUGUCCGAAAACACCGGAACAAAAACUCUUGGAAUCAAAUGGAACAUUUCUUCAGAUUCAUUUACAUUCACCGCACCAGAUGUCGAAUUAAAGGAAAACUACACCAAAAGAGAAGUUUUAUCUACAAUUGCCAAAUUCUUUGACCCUUGUGGAUGGAUAGCCCCAAUAAUAGUAGAAGCAAAACUAAUUAUGCAACAGAUUUGGUUAGACAAAGUCGACUGGGACGACAUACUAAAAUCCUUGACUUGUCUCAAGUGGCAAAAAUUCAUAAAAAACUGCCCCACAAUAAAUACAUUGAAAAUUCCCCGAUGGAUCCAAUUUAGCCCGAAUUGUAAUGUGGAGAUUCACGGCUUCAGUGACGCUUCAGAAAAAGCGUAUUCAGCUACUCUUUAUGCCCGAAUAGAAUCAGAAAACUCAGUGUUUACAUUUCUCCUGGCUUCAAAGACACGUGUAGCUCCCAUUAAGCAAAUAUCUUUGCCCCGCUUAGAACUGUGUGGAUCCGUAUUAUUGGCAAAUCUGGCAUGUGGAAUUAUACCGAAUCUUCAAAUUCAAAAUGUCAACACAUAUUAUUGGACCGACUCAACAAUCGUGCUGUCCUGGUUAAAGAAACCCCCUUGCUCAUGGAACACUUUCGUAGGAAAUCGUGUCUCAGAAAUCCUAGAUAAAGUUGGAAAUCAAAACUGGCAACACAUCGAUUCAAAGGACAAUCCAGCAGAUAUAGCCAGCCGAGGAUGUUCUCCCCAAGAAUUAGGAAACCACAACCUAUGGUGGUUUGGACCCUCGUGGCUAAAGUUACACAAAAAUCAAUGGCCAAAACAAAUUAGAAUGGAAGACACCAACUUAGAAGCUAAAACUGUAAAAGCAUUUACAACCACAACUAGCGAAGAACUAUUAAAUCGCUUCUCAAACUUAUCACGCGCUUAUCGAGUGCUUGCAUAUGUCAUGCGAUUCUGGAGAAAUACAGGAACCAACCGAACUCAUCUUCGCAUAUCUUCAGCAGAAAUCACACGAGAAGAAAUAGAAUCCGUCAAAAACCGACUCAUCAAAUGGACUCAACAAAACCAUUUUCCAGAUGAGCACAAGAAUUUGAAACUUAGGCAGAAAAUCUCACCAAACAGCAGUCUUUUGACCCUAAAUCCAUUCAUGGAUCGCAAUGGCAUUAUAAGAGCCAAUGGUCGACUCGCUCAAUCACCAGCGUUAACCUACAAUGAACGCUACCCAAUAUUGCUACCUCAUAAUUCAAAGCUAUCACGACUACUAGUUGAAUUUACGCAUAAAAUUACCCUACAUGGAGGUAAUCAACUUAUGAUUAGAGUUCUACGCACAGAAUAUUGGAUAUUCAGAUUGAAACCACUGGUCAAAAGCGUAAUUCACAACUGUAAAACUUGUGUUUUGUACAAAAAACAAACACAAAAUCAAAUCAUGGCUUCAUUACCACCAGAACGCACAACUCUAUCAAGACCCUUUGCUGCAACCGGAGUAGACUACGCAGGACCUUUUGACAUCAAAAACUUCACAGGCCGAGCGUGUCUUAUCACCAAAGGGUACAUUUGCAUAUUUGUAUGCUUCGCCACAAAAGCCGUACAUCUUGAAGCAGCAAGUGAUUUAUCAACACAAUCGUUUCUAGCCGCAUUUUCCCGCUUCAUUGGAAGGCGUGGAUGUCCCGCACAUAUUUACUCAGACAAUGGGAAAAAUUUCGUCGGAGCAGCAGAAUUCAUCAGAAAAGAACGUCUAGACUUCAUAAAGACUCUUCAAAAUCAAGUCACUCAACACUUUAGUCAUCAAAACAUCGACUGGAAGUUCAUUCCCCCAGGAGCCCCACACAUGGGCGGGCUUUGGGAAGCCGGUGUAAAAUCAUUCAAAACUCACCUCAAAAAAAUGAUACCGAACAUGAAAUUCACCUUUGAAGAGCUAUCAACAAUUCUUACUCGUAUAGAAUCGUGCCUAAAUUCUAGACCCUUAAGUCCUGCUAGCGAUGACCCAAAUGACCUUAACCCAUUGACCCCUGGACACUUCCUUAUUGGUACUCCAUUAUUGACCCCAGCCGAACCUGAUGUAAGCAGCGAAAAUCUGACUCUCAUCAACCGCUGGAAACGCCUAAAGGUCAUCUACCACUCAUUUUGCCAAAGAUGGAAGUCCGAGUACCUAGCCGAGCUACAUCGCAGAUACAAAUGGAAGAUACAGAGGGACAACGUCAAAGUCAACGAUCUGGUUGUCAUCAAAAACAACAACUUGCCGCCCAACGAAUGGCAAAUGGGUAUGGCAUCCCAACAACCCCAAAGACCCGAACACUGGCAAUUUUCAUGCGGCAUAUGUUUAAAGGACCAUCCAAUUCGCACCUGCAAAAAGUUUCUAAGCUACAAUCCAACCGAGCGAUACGAAAUCAUGGUAGUCAAGAAAUAUUGCUUAAAUUGUCUUGCUCGAUCCCACAAAACACCAGAGUGCAAAAGCGAUAACGGGUGCCAUAUCUGCAAGAGAAGUCACAACACAUUGCUACAUGAUGCAAAACAAUUAGCACAACCAUCAAUCCGAGCCGACCCACAGCCAUCAAGACGAGCAGACCCACAGCCAUCAAGACGAGCAGACCCACAACCAUCAAGCCGAGCUGAAUUUGAUACACCUUUCUUCAAUCAGAAUCUCGUUUUCAUUCCCACUGCCUCUGUAAGGAUUUACACGGAAAAUAUCGACACCUGGAUCAGCACUAGAGCCAUCAUUAAUCGUGCAUUGACAACGUCCAGAAUAUCCAAAUCAUUUGUCACAAAGUACAAAAUCAAGACAUUCAUGAAGUAUGCUCAUAAUUUUGCUGUCUUUGAGAUACGAUCCCAUAGCGACAAAAAUAAGUGGUCCACCAAAGUCACAGCGCUUGUAACUGAUCAACUUCCACGAAAACCCUAUUCUGGACCCAUCACCGCUGACCCAACCGAAGAUUUUCCACCAAAUACACUGGCUGAUAUAGACCCACAAUCGAACACUAUCGCAGAAAUCGAGAUUGGCAGUGAUGUGUAUCCAACUAUGAGACGAGACGGAGCCAUUCAAACUGAAGUUGGUCAAGUCGUGGCUGAAAAGUCUGCCUUGGGGUACCUGUUCUCUGGACCGAUUCAACAGCUGUGGUAA